GCCGGCAGUCAGUGGUAGUGUUGUGCUGCACGGUGCGGUUCUUUCCCAAUCGUCAUUGCCAUUCAAUAUCAUCAUCGUCAUAGAGUCAUAUGUGUUGGAGGAUUUUACUGUUAUAUCUUAUAUGGAACCAGCAUCUUCUCCAUCGUCUUGGCCAAGGGAGCGCUUAAGACGUUUCGCAGACAUGGAAUUGAUUUAGAGUUUGAGAUGGUACUUUUGUUGGUCAUCAUUUUCAUUCCGAUUUCUAUUAGAGGCGCUGCAGUGGUAAAGUGGUAAAGACCGCCGGCGAAGACAACAGUCGGUUUGCAACAUUAUCUUAAGACGGACGUGUUGUGGCGUAACUGGCUUUCUUCAAGAAGUGGAAUCAGUGAAGUGAUAAGUGCUUUAUUUCACGCUUAAGUUGCUACAAGAUAGCGUUACGUAGUUGAUUCUUUGUAGAAUUGGUGGAGUCAUUAGUUGUCCAAGACAUUAGAUCUAUAUCGACUCACGGUGUAUGUAAUUUGAGUUGGAUUGCGUGAUUCUUGUGUACUUUUUUGUAUUAUUUGCUGGUGGUGUUGAAAAAGGGCUACUGUGAGAAAAUUUCACUUUGAAUAAUAAAUUCAAUCGCAACGAUUAAUCAGAGGAGAGAGAAAAUGAAUCUUCUGAGGAUACAUUCCAUAAGUAUUCUAACUCUACUGGCAAUUUGUGUCCUGACCAAUGGAUCGCCCAUUAAAGACACCAAAGAUUCACGAGUCGUCCGAAUAAAACCAUCUCCAAUCGAGGAAAAGCAGCCGCGAGUACUCCAUGAAACAGACGCUCAAGUUCGAACCCAUGAUCCAAAUAAAAUCAACCCUUCCGGCAACAAGAAGGCAUACGUGAGCAACAGACAACUCUUAACUAAGCUGGGUUUAUCGAAACUACGUAUACCCGCGAGUCAUAGUCGCAAGCGGUUGGCCGUUGAAUCACGUCAUCAUGCACGUCCUGAUGACUCACACAUGUUCGUUAUAAAACUUCCACCGAAUCCAUAUUAUUAUACUAAUCCGAACGCGAACGCUGUAACCAAGACGGCAUAUCCGGCGGCGUCACCUCCACAGACCGCGGUGGCUCCUUCCCAGAAUGUGAUUCAUGACAACAACUUCCAUGGGAGCGCCAGAACGAAGAAGGUCUCCUCAUUUGGAUUUCAAUUGAACGGUAAACCUGGACGCAUCUACCACUGGAAUCUACCAAUUAUCAAGAAGCUAAUCACAGGUGAAGGACGAAGCAAGCAUACCCCCAAAAACGAUGUUGAUGUUGCCGAGCUAAUUGACAUGAAAAACACUCCGACUUGGUCGAAACCUUGGGAAAACGACACUGCGGAAAAAUCUUACAGUAAAUACGGUGCAGCUGAUACGAAAUCCUUCAAGCGUAAAUCACCAACAUACUAUGCUCCUGUUAAAUCGAAGAAAAACAGCAUUCACAAUUACUUCCCUGGCAACGGAAAACCAAAAGGAUUCUAUGUUAUUCAACAGAAUAAGAAGAGCAGCCACAAACCUUCGACGUAUUAUCGGAAACUUAUCUAUUGAACAUCGAAUCUAUUUCGAGAGUGUAUGCGAUAGAUUUCGCAGUUGCAUUAGAUAAGGGCAUAGUGGAUUAUUUUGAUGGAUUUAUUUAUUUUAAAUUAAACAACUGAAAUUAUGAUAUAUUUUUAACUUUGCCACUAUCCAAAAUGUAUUCUUAUUUCGAUACGUAAAGGAAAGAUACAGAAAGUGAAAUUAUAACCGGUUAUGCCCGUCUCUAAUCGAUUGUAUCGCGUAUACUCGUAUUAAUAAGAUCCCAGAACGCACAAAUUAUAAGACUUUAACGUAACAUACUUACAUAAUAAUAACAAGUAGCUGAUAACAGUAACACAUCAAUUAGUCGGGCUUAAGUGUGGUAUAAGUUUAGACUAAGAUCGCAUGCAUUUCUACUCUAGAAUUUCGAGCGUUUUCUACACUUUUCUACCCACUAACGAUAAUAAAAAGAUAAUAAUGUAACGUUGUAACUAGGAAAGAUAGAUUUUAGCCGUAGAAGUGAAGAAAAUCAUUUGCGACAUUUAUAUAGGGCGUAUUUGUAUUUAAGUAAAAUGGCAAUAAUUGACUGAACUCUACAUUUAACAAUUUUGUACAUUGUUUUCUGUUAAUUGUAUAAACCACUUUAUGAACGUAAUAAAUAAUCUUUACAAAUAAAGAAAGAUUUAAUAUCCGC